AGACAGACCGAGUGACAGCGUCUGAGUCCCGGGGAAGAGCUUCACGGAGCCUCCGUGGAAAAACGCUGCAAGAUGCCGAACAAAACCAAGAAGGAGAAGGAAACGACCAAAUCUGCCAAAAGCAGCACGAAGAACAGUAACAGCGGCGCCAAGGAUGCGGCGGCGGAGAACUCUGAGGAGCAGCAGCAGCAGAGCGGCAGUAAACGUCCCAGUAACAGCACGCCUCCUCCCACUCAGCUCAACAAGAUCAAAUACUCUGGAGGACCUCAGCUGGUGAAGAAGGAGCGUCGCCAGAGCUCAUCUCGCUUCAGCCUGACCAAGAACAGGGAGCUGCAGAAGUUACCUGCCCUCAAAGAUGCGCCGCCUGUGGAUCGGGAGGAGCUGUUCGUGCAGAAGCUGCGUCAGUGCUGCGUUCUGUUCGACUUUGUCAGCGACCCGCUCAGCGACCUCAAAUACAAGGAGGUGAAGAGGGCGGGGCUUAACGAGAUGGUGGAGUACAUCACGCACAACAGCGACGUGGUGACCGAGUCCAUCUACCCUGAAGCCGUCAUCAUGUUUUCAGUGAACUUGUUUCGGACUCUUCCUCCGUCCUCUAACCCGACCGGAGCCGAGUUCGACCCCGAGGAGGACGAGCCGACGCUGGAAGCGGCCUGGCCUCACCUGCAGCUGGUGUACGAGUUCUUCCUUCGGUUCCUGGAAUCUCCAGACUUUCAGCCAAAUGUCGCCAAAAAAUACAUCGACCAAAAGUUUGUUCUGUCGCUGCUGGAGCUGUUUGACAGCGAGGAUCCCAGAGAGAGAGACUUUCUGAAGACCAUCCUCCACCGGAUCUACGGAAAGUUCCUCGGCCUGCGAGCCUACAUCCGCCGACAGAUCAACAACAUCUUCUAUAGGUUUAUCUAUGAGACAGAACAUCACAAUGGGAUCGCAGAACUGCUGGAGAUCCUGGGCAGUAUAAUUAACGGCUUCGCUCUGCCACUGAAAGAAGAACACAAAAUGUUCCUAAUCCGAGUUCUGCUGCCACUGCAUAAAGUCAAGUCUCUGAGUGUUUACCAUCCACAGCUGGCCUACUGUGUGGUCCAGUUCCUGGAGAAGGACAGCAGCCUGACAGAGCCUGUGAUCAUGGGUCUGCUGAAGUUCUGGCCAAAGACUCACAGCCCGAAGGAGGUGAUGUUCCUGAACGAGCUGGAGGAGAUCCUGGACGUCAUCGAGCCGUCAGAGUUCGUCAAAGUCCAGGAGCCGCUGUUCCGACAGCUCGCCAAGUGUGUCUCCAGCCCCCACUUCCAGGUGGCAGAGAGAGCUCUGUAUUACUGGAACAACGAGUACAUCAUGAGUCUGAUCAGUGACAACGCUGCGAAGAUCCUCCCCAUCAUGUUCCCCGCCCUCUACAAGAACUCCAAGAGCCACUGGAACAAGACGAUCCACGGUCUGAUCUACAACGCACUGAAGCUCUUCAUGGAGAUGAACCAGAAGCUGUUUGAUGACUGCACGCAGCAGUACAAAGCUGAGAAACAGAAGAAUGACUUGGUUCUAUGAACUUUAUGGGAAGUAACCCUGAAUGUUGAAGAAGCUUCGUUCUCUGUUUACUUUCAGAGCAAUAAGCUCCACCCCCUUCGCCCAGGACUCCACCCACAGGACCAGUACCUGUUGUACAGUGAUGCUGUAGCUGUGUACUCGAUGGAAACAGAGACUCCAACAGCUGAAGACAUUCAGCUGCUCAAGAAGACUGUGGAGACUGAAGCCUCACAGGGCGUGAAGGACCUGAAGAAGGAGAAGGUUCUGAUGAGGAGGAAGUCGGAGCUUCCUCAGGAUGUCUACACCAUCAAAGCUCUGGAGGCUCAUAAGCGAGCUGAGGAGUAUCUGACAGCCAAUCAGGAGGCUCUCUGACCAGGGGGGGCGGCGCCCUCCGAGCCCAACCCCGCCCCCCUCCAGUGCGUCUCUGCGGUGGAUGCCAUCGUGGGGAAGCUGGUCCCGGGUGGGAUCAGGACGGAGCUGACGCCCCCUGGAGGCCGACACCUGUAGGACACGUAGAAGCUCCGCCCCUCCACGUGCUGUCAACGUGUCCCCGCUGUGAUUGGACAUCAGCUUCAUGUUGCACUAACACCUCCACCUGCUUCACCUGCUGCACCUCCGCCGCAUCAGCGCCGCCUUUUCCACCGCAGAGGCUCAAAACGCAUGUUCUCGUUCCAUCACAGAACGUCGAGGCAUCGAACAGAAGGACAGACCAUUUACAAAAUGACUUAAACGUUGUCGUUGUCAUAACUUCCCCAGAUGACUCAGAAUUUGUCAUAAGUUACUGAAUUAGUCGUACAGAGAGACGUUUGUGAUUCUUUCGGGCUCCUGUGGUGGAAAACGCCGGCAGCUCCUCACUCUGUCCUGUUACAACUGAACGUAGCACAGGUGACUUCACGAAGGGCUCCGCCCCCUCCACCCGAGCCAACCAAUCGCCUGCAGUCUGGAGACCAAUGCAGCUUCACCAAUAAAGAUGAUGACGAAGACGAGAAGAUGCAGUGAAUGUAGACGUCAGGAAGCUGCCCCGCUCUGACGCCGCCAGGUUUAGCCAAUCAGAGAAGGCGUUCCCCGUCAUGUGAAUGUUUGUGCACCGAACGCUUACAUGUUCUGUCGGUCACAGCGCGAAUCCUUCCAUCUGUUACGAGUGAACGUCAUGAAAUCAGAUCACAUACAGAGUAAAGUGAAACCUGCAGCAGCUCCUGAAAACCAGCGAAGAAGAGACGACGUUACCGUGACGAAGGUCAGACUCUGUGUUCGCUUCAUUUCAGUUUUUAUCGCUUUGCUUUUUUUCCGUCAGUGUUUUUGUUUUGAUUUCAUUUCUCAUUAAUUCUCUUUCUACAUUUUUUAAAGUUUUAUUUUCACUGAAGUUGUGAUGACGGUUGGUUUAACUUGGAACCUUAUUAUUUUCAUUUUUCCCAGUUUUGAGCCACAAGCAGAAAUAUUAGAAACAGAACGAUGGAAGCUGAAGCUCAAACCUCAGAUUUGUUCGUUAACAAUACGACGGUCGUAAAAGUGGACGUUUAACAGGAAUUAAAAACUUUGGUCACGUUUUGCACUAAGUUGCAUUUUAA